AUGACAUUUGAAGGACACACAAACAAUGUCACAGGCGUGGCCUUUCACUGUGAGGGCAAGUGGAUGGUUACCAGUUCCGAGGACAUGACAGUCAGAGUCUGGGAUACCAGAUCUGGCUUGGUUCAGAGACACUACCAGCAUACCCACCCCGUGAACGACGUGGUCAUCCACCCGAACCAAGGCGAGCUCGUCAGUGCCGACCGAGGAGGAAACAUUCGCAUUUGGGAUCUUGGAGAGAGCAAAUGCACCCACCAGCUCAUUCCGGACGAGGACGUCUCUGUCUCGAGCGUCAGUGUGGCAAGUGAUGGGUCCUUAUUAGCAGCUGGUAACAAUCGUGGCGAUGUCUAUAUUUGGCGCAUGUAUCAGAACCACGACUCCACAACCUUGCUGCCAUGCAGAGUCUUCAAAGCUCACAAGGACUACCUAACGCGCCUGCUCCUCUCCCCAGAUAUCAAGCUCCUCGCAACGUGCAGCGCCGAUCACACCGUCCGGAUUUGGAAGAUCGACAUGAACGAGGACAACCUCGAAGUCGUGCCCGAAUCCCAGACUGCUAACAACAGCAACAGAAAUGCGAAAAUCAACAAUGGCAGCCCGAACGACCCGAACGGCACCCCCAACCAAGCCCUAAUCUCAUCACACAGCAGCAGCCAACCGCGCCACCCACGAAACGGCAGCCUAAGCAGCCACCCCGCGGGAGUCACCUCGAGCGGCAAUGUAAACACACCCAACCCCGAGACCUUCACUCCCUCGCACAGCGCCAGCUCACUCUCUCACCCAUCGCUGUCCUCGGCCGCACACUCCUUCAACGCCAUCUCCGAGAUCAUUGAGAAACGCCGGCCGUUACCCUCUGACACGGUGCUCGACAAUCACCAGCGCUGGGUUUGGGACUGCGCCUUCAGCGCCGACUCCGCCUACCUCGUUACGGUCUGCAGCGACCACUAUGCCCGGCUGUGGGAGCUCAGUUCUGCGAGUAUCAUUCGCCAGUAUAAUGGCCAUCAUCGGGGCGCUGUCUGCGUUGCGCUAAAUGAUUACUCGAACCCACCGUGA